UUGUCUUUCCGACUCGAAAGUUUUCACCUUUACCCGUCGAACGCUCCUCCGGCAAAAGACACUCAAAAUUCGAUGUUUACUUGAAAUCCAAAGCCCGUGCUUAGAGCGUAGUGGAGUGGAGAGGAGUUGCGGCAAUCCUGAGCUCGAUCCCGAAUCCGAGGACAUAGUGCUGUUGACGGGUUCGAUCACUAGAUCCCCACAUAAACCACCAACUCUAUACCCACACGUGCGCCUUGAAGCCUAGGGGUCAUUGCACUUGCGAACUAUGUGACAGUGGCACUACGGAAACAGCGCCAGGGCCGGGUUUACCACUGCGUCUCCGGAGCACCAGGAUCCGGAAACGCAACCUAAGAUUAAGACGUCGCUGAACACAGGAUCCGAGGACCAACAACCGAUCCCCGGGCGAUCAAAAACCCGGCGCCAUGGCCAUUCACGAGCAGAUCGACAACCUGAACAUCUGGUGGUUUCCGCGCGACUUCUGUCAGUCGCGAUUCGGGGAGUUCCAGCGGAGCGGCACCAACUCCUGCACCAUCAUUUCCCUAAUACUGGCCGACAAGGUGGCCAAGGCGGACAGAUUCUAUCACAGGGUCUCCGAUCUGCCGCUGCGGGGAUGGGAGCUCUUCGGCAACGCCAUUAACGACGGAAACAGCGUGUACCACAAUGUGAUUACAACUAAUACGCCGCACGCCAGGAAUCUCAACCUCAACAUUCCGGAUGCUAUCGCCGCCAUUCGGUCGCAGCACAAGAUGAACUUCCGGCUGGAGGAGUGGUUUUACACGCACAUGGAGGCCGAUCCCAGCAAUCCCAUGUACAACCGGAACGUUGCUGUGCAGUUGUCGCGGGUUUUCCAGAUAACACUCCAGAUGUUCCAGCACGCCAGCGUGCGAAACAAUGUACCCACUAACCUCUUCGCCGCCAUCAUAGCGGACAGUCGAACGGUGAUGGUAACCUUCGAUUUCCGAGCCUCGAUCGUCGCCCUCUUCGACUCCCACCAACACGGCCGGGAUGCGGGAGCCGUCUUCGCCCAGUGCACGCUCGAGAACAUGGACGACCUGCUCUUCUGGUUCAUCAGCAUGUUACACAAUGUCUACUCCAGCCGGCCCUCGCUCUUCGAAAUCUCCUUCCUCAGCUCUCAGCCGGGGGUGGCCAAGAACAUUCCGCCGGCCAUCCAAAAAAAGAUUGCCGCAGACCUGAAGAAGCCGUUUAAGAUGAACAUGCCUAAGCACUAAUCAUGUUGCCAGGUUUACUACAAAGUCGCCAACAUCCAAGGACGUCGAUCUAGGCGCGGGCCAACCUUUCGGAACCCAUUUUUGGGGCUAUUUUAGGACAAAAUCUCAAGUUUCAUAUAGCAAAAUUUGUGUGUUAAGCGUUUAGAAAUUUAAUUCAAAAUUCUCUGUUGACCAUCAACU